UGAGCUUUAGCAAAAAAGAAAAAAGGCUAGAAAACAUGACAACUCCCCUCACGCACACACGAAGAAGGGCAUGUGGCGUGACGUAAUGCAACAUAGAUCUCUAUUUACUCACGUUAUUGUGCAUGUAGACUAUACAACUCCAUAAAAAUCCAUUUCUUCCCACCACUACCAUCCGAUCUCAAAGUAUGAGUGAAGAACUCCUUCAAAACGAAUCUCAUUCUCAGUCAUCCAAAUGAACGUGUUUUUUCAAAAUGUUGUCUUUUCUAAUCUCAUUGUUGGACAUUAUUAAGCUUGUUAUUGCUUCCGCGACCUUCUUAUUCUUCUUAGCCUUUUCCGGUCUAACAUUCGCUGGUUCAGCCGUGGCAUUAGUUGUAUCCACACCGCUUUUCAUCAUAUUCAGCCCGAUUCUCGUACCCGUGACUAUAUCCACUACUCUCCUAGCCUCCGGGCUUGCGGCCGGUACCAGCCUCGGAAUGACCGCCAUUGGACUCAUCAUGAGACUCAUUAAGCCUGCGGGAGGAACUUCGUUGCUUUUUUCAUCCCCAACACCGUUGAAUUUGGUAACAUAUUCAGGUCAAUUCGAGGGAUCGGUGUUAGGAAAAACAUAUACUGGAACAUUCGAUAAUAAAUCGGGAGGUGGAAUUAAAUGGACUGUGACUUGGGGUAGUCGAACUUUUUCUGGAACAAUCCCAUUACCAGCGGCUGCUGCACCUGCUGCUGCUCCUGCUGCACCUGCUGCUGAAGCUGCACCAGCUGCUGCUCCUGCUGCACCUCCCGCGUGGUAGGAACAUUGUUCGAGCUGUUCCAGCAUGCAUGUAGCAUACGUAAAUUAAUUGCGUGUAAAAUUAAUGAUUUAUUAAAAUAAAAGAAAAAUUAAUUAAUGAUUUAUGACUCAGAAACAAAAGAAAACAAGCCUACGUAAUGUUGAAUAAAACUAAAAGACUGUGAUAUAAAGUUAAUGGAAAAAAC